AAUAAAUAACUCCCAACUUUCUAUCAAUCAAUCAAAAACUUGUUCCUUCUCUCUCAAUGCUUCCUCAUCCUUUCCUCAAAGGGUUUUCAGAAACCCUAGAUCGUUAAUGGGUGCUUUCACCAGUAGUCGCAACAAGCGCCAAGCAGAAUUUCAAUCUUCAUCACCAUCUGGGUUCGAAGAAACUGAUGUUGCUCAUGUACAGAUUGUUAAUGAUGACGAUGCUGAUUCGGGUGUUGCAAUGGCGGACGUUGAGAUACAAGACAUUAACAAAUCAGGGGAGCUACAAAAUGUGAUUUUGGAAUAUAGGAAACUGGAUGGGAAAACUGAACAAAAUCUUGGCUUUCAGCCUUGUACUUGUGCUUCUGCUGGGAUGGUAUCGGAUUCGGUGGAUGGGAAGACAUUAGAAUCGGUAUCGCUGAAGCAGAGGCCAGAUAGGGGUUUGCCUCUUCAUAUAAAGUUGCUGCAUUAUGUAGCUGAAAAAAUAAGGAGAUUCAACUUUCAUAUCAAACUACAAGAGAGAGAGAGAGGUUUAUGUCAACAAUUGGGGGCUCCGCCUCCAAAGAAAGAGGAGGAUAUACCGAUUGAGCCUUUCCGGCCACUUACUGAAGAGGAGAUGGAAAUGGUUGAUAAUGCAUUCGCUAAUUCUAGUCGAAGGAAGGUUUUGGUGACUCAUGAGAAGUCGAAUAUUAUAAUCACAGGAGAAGUUUUAAGGUGUCUAAGACCUGGGCAAUGGUUAAAUGAUGAGGUUAUUAACGUUUAUUUUGAGUUGCUGAAAGAGAGAGAGAAGGUUCUGAAAUGCCAUUUCUUCAACACGUUUUUCUACAAGCAGUUAACAAGUGGAAGGAUUGGCUAUGAUUACAAGUCAGUUAGAAGAUGGACUACGCAGAAGAAGUUGGGAUACAGUCUCUUCGAGUGUGACAAGAUCUUUGUUCCUGUCCACAAAGAAAUACACUGGUGCUUGGCUGUUAUCAACAAAAAAGAAGCAAAGUUUCAGUAUCUCGACUCACUUGGAGGAAUUGAUGAACAAGUAAUGAGGGUAUUGGCCAAGUACAUUGUGGAUGAGGUGAAAGAUAAAAAUGGGAAGGACAUUGAUGUUACUUCUUGGAAGCAAGAAUACGUGAAGGACCUUCCUAAACAGAAGAACGGAAAUGACUGUGGUGUGUUUAUGAUCAAGUAUGCAGACUUUUAUAGCAGGGACAUUGGCCUCUGCUUCAAGCAGGAACACAUGCCAUAUUUUAGAUGGAGGACUGCCAAGGAGAUACUGAGAUUGAAAGCCGACUAAAUAUCUGUAAGCAUGUACAUAUGUAGUUGCAAAUAUGUAUAGUUUUUUGUAUCUAUCUGUGGCCUUUUGUCAAAGCCCUGUCUUGCUGCAUAUUGUAGUUAUACAUAUUGUGUUUAUUAUGGAAAAGAAAAGGUAUGUUUAUUUAGC